GGCGCGUAGUAAAAGCUAACUGGUGGGAGUACAGAGAGGGAUGAGAGUUGGUAGUAGGGAGGGAUUUGUGCCAACCCUUGGCGCAAGGGAGAUUUUCGGUGGCGGUUUUAGUUCGAAGAGAUAUUGUGAGGACACGAGUGUGAGAGGAGACUGUUCAGUGGGCGCCUGGGCACCACCGGGGAUGGAGCCGUCUCGUGUACCCAGGGGUCCGGCGCCGCGCCUCGUUUUUCUAUUCACCACGCUUGCACUGUCAUUUUCAGCCACUUGUCUGCUGUGCAGUGCAAUAAUGUCAGAUCAUUGGGAGGAGGUUGGAUGGGACAAGGAAGACUUGAAUAAAGCCAAUGUCAGCCCCACGUGGUAUUUAGAUGGUCAGGUGGCAAUGCUGGAGCCAAUGCUAGACCAUACUAAUCGCUACACAACUGGAAGGCCAAUUUUCCUAGUGCCAAUGCACGGUGGCAUCUGGACAAUGUGUGUUUCUCUAAGUGAUGACGACAUUCGUCUCCUGAGUCAAGUAGGUUUUCCCCAGGAGCGUUGCAUAAAUUAUCUCACACCCGACGAGGCACACGAGGAGAUUCGUGCCGCAUGGCAGAGCAGAAUGCAAAAUCUGAGUAUUUCCUGCUCUAUGGUUUGCCUCAUCGUCCUCGGGAGUGCUGUACUCGUGGGAUUUUUUGGCCUCUGCAGGCAUCAGAUAUCAGCGGUUCUCGUGACGGGUGUCAUGUAUCUUCUAGCAGCGACCUUUGCCCUAUUCACCCUGACGAUAAUCCACUUCAAGCGAGCACAAGACCGUAAUGCCAAGAUUAUCGAGGGUCCCGAGGACGGAGUUAUUGGUGGUCCUGUACCUAGAAAUCUGCUCACAGCUCGUCGCUUUACAACCUCGUGGAGUAUGGAUUUUGGUUGGGGUGGUGUGACUCUAUGCGCUCUCGCUUCAGUUGCAUGGAUAUUGCUGAGUAAAAUCAUGAGAUUCAGUCCAAUAGCGGCUAUGAUAGCGUAGCAGCGGGACGCCUUCGAGGUCUAAUGGCAAAGGAUGAAAGAGCGAAGAGGAGAUGGAGAGGAAAGGGCCAGAAUCAAUUGACAUGCUCGACGGAGUGAGAAUCAAGACAGAUAAAUCCAACUGGGAGAAAAAAAAAAGGAAAAUUGAGAACAAAGAGAAUUAUUUUCAUUCUAUUAUUUGAGAGAGAAAUGUGUGGCAAGAUCAAAGAUGGCUGAGCGCAGUGGCAAAUUAUUCGAAAAGUUAACGUGCAAACCUCGAGGGCUAUUACAAUUAAAACUCAUUAUUAACUCGGCAGAGACUUUAAGAGGAGUAAAAAAAGUAUCAAUUAGUCAGUUUUGCUUGGCCAAAGUACUCCACCGACUUUUGUACAAUUUUACACGAUCGAGGGAAAACGGAAAAAUUGUUGAUAGAAAAAAAAACUAAUGAGGAAAAUGUUGUAACCGUCCGAUACGAAAGAUAAAUACGAGUCCGAUCGAUUCGGUGUGACAAAUAAUUUCAAGUGCUACGCGCCACCCGCUUCUUGCCCCGCUCAUCUGUGUUGUGGGAGGGCAAUAGAAGUCCUCUGCUAGCUUCACCCCCGAGACCCCUCUACGGUGGAUGAGGAGAGGUGCAGAAAGAGAACUGAGUAAGAUUGCUUCCAACUGCAUUCACUUGGGCCAUCAUUAAUUAAGUACCAAUUCUUUUCAUUAAAACACUCACUAAAAGGUGCAUAUUUUAAGAUGUUUCGUUUGUGUUCCAACUUCGCUUUAAUUUUGUAUGAGUCAAUUAUAGGUUCUUGGACAAUGGAAAUGAAUUUCAUGAUAGAAUACAAGAGUUUCAGUGUAAAAUACUGCAAGCGGAUUGUUCAUGGAGUUUGAUAUUCAGGAAUUGUUUGAUUUUUAGAUAAAUCGUGAUAUAUAUUUCAAGGGGUGAACUUCUGUUUGUUUUGAAUGGAGAAUGAAGUCACGGUAAUUCUGGUAUUGGACUUCGAAAGCCAAAAUAUUCACUAUUGAUCUCCAAGAGAAUAUACAACAUGAAUGAAUGAAUGAAUCCGUGAAAAAUGAAUGGUUAUUCAUUUUUUUUGCAUGAUUGAUUGGUUGGCUUUUUUUAUUCGUCUGACUGCGUUUUUAUUCUUCAAUUGUUUACGUUGAGGCUUUGUUAUGGUAUACCAAGCGCCAAAUUGAAACAAUAAUCAACGUAAAUUCGAGCCAGAGGUUAACGAAUCAAGGAAUUUUUUCGACGUAUAAAACUGAGCUCGCCACGCAGGAUCAAGCUUUUGCUAAGAAACAAUACCUGCUAGACUUUUUUGUAAUAAAAACGAAUGAGCAGAUGAUUAUGAUUAAUUGAUGUACUAUCGAAUAUUACGAGAAUAAACGUAUAAAGACUUUU